AUGUACGACUACGCACUGGAACAGCUGCAGCAGCCCAGUGAAACGCUGCGCAAUUACUUUGCCCGCGCGGGGUACUUCUUCCCCGAUGAAUCCUCGUAUAUUCCCACACAGCUGCGUCGCCUCUGCACCAUGGAAUGCCUGGGACAGCAUUCGGAGCUCAUAAGUCGCCAGCCGCUGGCAAAAUAUCUCCUGGAUCGUGGCCACCACGGCCUGCUCUUGAUGGAUUGUGUGCCCAUUGCCUCGCUUGAGCAGCUGGCGGGCAGCGAGGCGCAUCAGGAGGCCUUGCUCACACUUAUAAUUGAUCUCAAAACUCAUUCUUUGGCGAAGCACGAGGAAUUUGAACUGAUAUCCAAGAGCGUGCAAUCGUUUCUGGAGAAGACACACAACGAGGCAGUCGGCCCCUUCGAGGAGCAUCCCCUGCUCACAUUCUACGAUUUUCUAUCGCUUGAGCCCAGCGUGCGCUCCCUCGAGAGCUUUCUCACCUCCACCAGCCUGAGCAGAGUGCCAUAUCUCAAGUCGCUGACGGCUCGAUUUGACCAUGGACCGACGGGCAGUCCUUCUGGUCUGCCAACGCCGCAUGAACUGUUCCUGAAGUUCAAGCAAGUGAAUCUCUCGGUGCUGGCUGCCGCUGGCCAUGGGGAACUGGUGACCUUCUCGAAUCCCCGUCUCUGCCAGCGCUUUGCCAGGAAGUCGCAGCUGAACUACACGCUCUAUCUGAAGCAGCACAGGGGCGCCUAUGCAGUGUACUAUCUGAUCACGGAGCAGCUGCAGCUGUACGGACAGAUAACGAAGACGCAACUGUUCCAUGCCUGCGAAACGACCACGCAGCUGGCCCUGCAGCAUGCCGGCGAUGAGGAACUGGUCACCCACUGUGUGGCCUGCUGCGAGAUGCUGGGAUUCGACACACAGCUACUGCGCAGCUUCCUCCUGCUGCAGCGACACCUGCCAAAGCGUCAGCAUAGCGAGAGCUAUUCGGAUUUGUUGGCCAAGUGGGACCGGGAUCUGGUGGAACGGAUCGAUGCGCAUUCCCAAGAGUUUCCAUUGGAUCUGUAUCAAGCUCUGAUGCGACUGGCCAUGCGGAAUAUUCCGGGAAGCUUUCCAGGGGCUCUGCUCAAGUACUACGCCUCCAGGAAAGAUUGGUGGCAUCUGCUGCUGCUCUUCCAGUACUUUGAUCUGCCACUGACCGAGCUCAAGAAGCUUCUGCCGGACUUCAAGUUUUCUCCGCUGGGCGUCCACCUGCUGCGGGCAUUAAGCUACGAGUCCCCCAGUGACCGCCAACACAAGCGAAGCUCCAACACACCCGCGCGUCGAGGGGGCGAAGCUCAGACGAACUCUUCGCAGGAGACGAUGACCAAAUCUUCGCACAGUUCCAUCCAGGAGGCCACCAGUGUGCAGCAGCAGCAGCUAGAAAGGAAUGCGGGUCAGACCAUGUGCAACCUGCUCACUCAUUGCGCUCGGCAGGAUCUGUUUGCCAUAAUCCUGUGCAGUUCCAACAAUCUGCCCGACGAGGAAAUCAUCUCAACCACAGCAAAGUUUCUGGAAAUGAUGCAGGGCAGCACUCCGCACUGCAGCAGCAUCAAUCUCUUGAGGCACUGCAUAAGGGAAGAGCAGCCCAUCCUCGCUGUGCUGGCCGCCACCCUAAGUAGACGAAAUCUGGACUGGUGCUGGCUCGUUGGGCUGGCUGUGGCCAGCGGACAGUGGAGCACCCUUCUGCGGGAGGCAUCCAAAACGAGAGAAGACGAUCGCUCCGAGUGGGUGUGGUCUGUGAUACGGGGAGCCGUUGCUGGCGGACAGGUGAACGCUCUCCUGCACAGCUUCGAAAUCUUCAAACCGGAUUGCAAAUUCACGCAUCUGUGCCGAUUCCUGCAGUUGACAAGCCACCAGGAGGACUUUAGCGAGUCCACAAUUUUGGAGCUGCGUCAGUACUUCUGCAGCUGGAGCCACGAUGCAGUCACUCUCCCGCUGUGUGCCCCCCUGCCGCGCAAACAGAUGAUGCAGCGGUCCAUUGGGCUGCUGCUCGUUCAGUUGCAGUCGAACUUUGACUGCAUUCUGCAGCAACAGAGAUUUCUGGACUGCAUCUGCCGCUCAGAUGUAGGCGACAUUUGCGAUCUCCUUGACUUUUGCCUGCUGCACAAGGUCUUUGGUGUGGCCGCCCCAUGGCUAAGGGAACUGGCCAUUGACCUGGAGCAGCUUGUGAGAAGAGACAGCCCCGAGUACAAGCGUCUGGUGGAUUCCCUUAUCGAGGCGAAGGAGUACGACGAGGCACUGCAAUUGUCUACCUUGCUGCAGCUUCCGCUGAGCGACAGUGUCUAUGGCAAGUGGCUCGCGGAGUUGGAUGCUGGAGUGCUGCGUCCUCACCAGGAGAUCGAACAGCAUGCUCUGCCCCUGUCCAUUCUGGUGAACUUUCUGCUGCAGGCUGCCACCGUCCUGCAGGCGGAUGGUGUUAGAGGCUACGAGUUGCUCCAAAGUGCGCUGGGUGUGAUCAAGCAGCACCAUUUGUUCCACAACGAGUCCUUCGACAGGGAUCAGAUCGAAUACGAUAUGGUCGUGUGCUAUCUGAAUCAGCCAGAGGAUCAGCUUUCCUCGCUGUCCAUCUACCACUCGGAGUAUUACGAACAGAUUAUGCUCCAGGAGCGCCUUGUCCUCUAUAAAUCCUUCUCAGAGCUAAAGGAACUGGCCGCAUCGAUGACCUCAGCAUUGCCGGAAAAUCUCGCUUAA